GGCGCUCGGCAGCAUCAUCCGCGGCUGCGGGGCUGACACACGCCUCCAUCCUCCUCUCCCCCGGCAGCCGCUCACACGCGCCUCGCCGCGGGCGGAGCGGAGCGGGGGGCGCCGCGGCAGACAAAGCAAAGAUGGCAGGGAUCCUCGCCUGGUUCUGGAACGAGCGGUUCUGGCUGCCGCACAACGUCACCUGGGCGGACCUGCAGAGCACGGAGGAAGCCUCCUUCCCGCAGGCGGAGGACCUCUACCUCGCCUUCCCCCUGGCCUUCUGCAUCUUCAUGAUCCGGCUGCUCUUCGAAAGGUUCAUUGCUAAACCAUGUGCCUUAGGCCUUAAAGUCCAAGCCAAUGGACCACAGAAAGCUCAACCUAAUGCUAUUCUGGAAAAAGUUUUCACAGCUAUUACAAAGCACCCAGAUGAGAAGAGGCUGGAGGGCCUCUCCAAGCAGCUGGACUGGGAUGUACGCAGCAUUCAACGUUGGUUUCGACAAAGACGCAACCAGGAAAAGCCCAGCACUCUUAGGAAGUUCUGUGAGAGCAUGUGGAGAUUUACAUUUUACCUUUAUAUAUUUACCUAUGGAGUACGGUUCCUGAAAAAGACACCCUGGCUCUGGAAUACCAGACAGUGCUGGAACGGGUAUCCAUAUCAGCCGCUGAUGCCUGACCUUCAUUACUACUACAUAGUUGAAUUGUCAUUCUACUGGUCCUUAAUGUUUUCUCAAUUCAUUGACGUCAAAAGAAAGGAUUUUGGCAUCAUGUUUACACAUCACAUUGUAACAGUCACCCUGAUUACCUUCUCAUAUGUAACCAAUUUGACACGAGUGGGAACCUUGAUCUUAUGUCUCCAUGAUGCGGCUGAUAUUGUUCUAGAGGCUGCCAAAAUGGCAAAUUAUUGCAAGUGUCAAAAGCUGAGUGACCUUCUGUUCCUCACAUUUGCCAUUGUCUUCAUUGUCAGUAGGCUUGGCAUAUUUCCCUUAUGGAUAUUAAACACAACAUUGUUUGAACUGUAUGAAGCUCUGGGCAAUUUUCCUGCCUUGUGGGUCUUCAAUGUGCUUCUUAUGGUUCUUCAAAUUCUUCACUGUUUUUGGUCUUACCUAAUCAUAAAGGCAGCCUACAAAGCUAUUUCAAAGGGCAAGGCUGGGAAGUGGAACCCCUUGCAGGUAGCAAAGGAUUCCCGAAGUGACGUUGAGUCAAGCUCAGAUGAGGAAGAAACAGUACCUCGCUCAAAGGCCCCGCACAGCACUAUCGCCAGUAAUGGGACCAGCGGUGCCAAUGGGACAAAUGGGUAUCUUACUGGUGGCACUUGCUCAGAGGAGCAUUAAUCCUUGAGUUCAAUCAUGACACACGAACAGAAUGAACUGUUUGCUACUGGAAGUAAAUUAUAAGUUGUGAAUGCGGUUUCUUCAUGUAUCUCAGCAUCAGAAAAAAAUAGGAGUAUCAAAGCAUUCUGAUAGCGCACUGCCAUAUUUCCUGUUUGUGAAUGAAGACAGCACACCAUUCUGUAUACUUAGGCAUGCUGUAUGUGUAUGUAACUGACACAAUGGGAGCAGUAUUUUCACUUGUACUGUCUUGGAAAUAUUAUUUAUUUUGUAUUCUUUUGGGAAGUUCUGGACAAAAGGGAAUAUCCAUUCUGAAACUUUGUAUCUUGGAUUCUCAGUGGUGGAGAGCAUCAUGCUCAGAUCUCUUCUGUCCAUCGCUGAUGCUUUUGCUGAAUCUGCUAUAAGUAAUAGUUGCUUAAUUUGUUACUUACAGUAAGAUAGAGCAUAGCUUUUUAGAUUUUAGAUCUGCUUCAGAUAUUUUUGCUAUCUUUGUGUUUUAAAGUACUGGUUUUGAAAUUGCCUAUCAAAUCACAGUGACUGUUCGGCCAACAUAAAGUUUUAAAACACUGGAUCAAUAUUUUAAAUAGUAGGUAAUGUGGUUAAUUAGCAAUUUGGGGAAAAAAUGUGGUAAUUGUGGGAUAUUAUUUUAGCAUAAUUUGAAAUUCAAUUUGGUGGUUAAUUGCAUUACAAGUAGACUUGAUUUGUUGUGCAAAUACCCAAACACAUUGAUGUCAACACUUAGGGUAAACUCAUCCUCACUUUUUUCUUUGGCCUUUCAAUUUUUCUCCUCUACAGAUUUCAGCUUUUUGCAGAUUCCAUGUAAAAAGGUGUUUGUUCAGGUGCACCGUUGUGAAUCCAGACCUCACUCCUGAAAUUGUUCUUGCCCAUUCUCAUGAUUGAGAGCAGGAGUGUAAUGGGAAAAAGAGCAGAUGAAAAGCUCAUUGCUUCCUCGGACACAGUUCGGUCUAGAUAUUUUUCUUAAAAUUAUUGCCAUUCCCUUGGUAAGGUAAAGAAGAGAAGGCAAAAUGCCAUACAUUACUAGAAUUAUUUUAUUUCAAAUGUGUGAAAACUUGAGCAAAAUUCACUUAACAUAAUUCACAGCAACCUUUGAUUGCUCAGCAUUAUUUCAUCACCUCUACAAAUAAAAUUAAGGGUGUCUUUAAAAUAAUUUUGUACUCCUUUUUUAUCCAGGAUUUACCAACGAAGUCCCAAAGAAGACAAAGUAACACCCAAAGUAAACAUCUUUUUAAACAUUAUAUACAUACUUCUUCCAGUCUCUAGGUCAAAGUUUGAUGUAGGAUGCUAAGGAUCAUACAACUCUUGCAGGACACUUUUCUGUGAUUUGUAACAGCAGUGCCAAAAGUAGGCAGGGUUUUUGGGUAGCAGACUCUAUGCAACCUACUGUUCAACAGUGCUGUGUGUGUGCACACAGAACCAAUGUGCUUGUAGACCAAAGACUUACAUAUAUAUGUAUUUUUAAAAAAAGUUAAAAAAAAGGAAGGAAGGGACAAACCAGGAAAAAAAAAAUCCUAAGUGUGUCUUCUGUAUUCAAAGGGAUUGGAGUGCUGUGUUCAGCUGGAACUCUGAGCCAGGAAGUCUUUCUGAUUCCUUCCACCUAUGCAAAUAGCAAAAUAUACAUGGCUUCUGAUGCCAUAAAACAUGUUUAAAGACUCUCUUUUAUACAGACUCCAGCGAAGAAAGUUGUGUUGUCACUUCUUUCUUUUGAAAACUGAGAUUUGUCCUAUUCCACUGGUCACUCUUGAAAACUUCUGAAACCUUUAUUAUCCGUAAAGACUCUUGUGUGUUACAAAAAACACACUCUUGUGUGUUUACUUUUGUGCUAAAACAAGUUGAAAAUAAAGGUAAGAAAACUGAAAAAUUAUAAAUCAUGGAAGAAGAUAUAUCAGUUUUACUACCUACAGAGCACCUUUU